UGCAGACGAUGCAAGCUUUUUCACUCAGUACGGAAGAGAAACACUGUAACGCUUGAGCUUUUGUCUUGUUUUUAUACAAAACGUGUGUAAAAUCUUAGCAUGUGGGACAUUAUCUUGCUCUUUUCCAGCAUCUGUACAGUUGUUGUUGGUGCUCCAGAUAAAGUUACAGGAUACAGAGGAGAGAGAGUUAACAUCAGAUGCUCUUAUGAAUCUGGAUAUGAAUCAAAUCCAAAGUAUUUGUGUCAAGGCGAGUGUAACAUUGGAAAUAGAAACAUCAUAGUUAGAUCAGGAUCUCCAGCUGAAGACCAGAGAUUCUCUCUGAGAGACGACACGACGGCCAGAGUUUUCACCGUCACCAUCACUGAUCUGAGACCAGAGGAUGAAGGACAAUACUGGUGUGGAGUGGAGAGGAGUUUAAAUACUGAUGUCUAUUCAGAGAUUCUGUUGCUGGUUAAAUAUGAUGAAAAGAUGACUGAGGUUUCAACUAUCAGCCCUUUUACAACCACAUCAUCAUAUUUCAGCACAACAGAACCAUAUCCACAAUCCAGCAGCAUCACAAUCACAGAAAGAACAGAAACAAUCCCAGAUCAGCACAAAUCAACAGAAGUUUCAGGUUCAUUCAUGAUUAUCAUCACUGCAACGGCUUUGGUUUUUCUCCUGAUCGUUCUUCCCUUGAUUAUACUGGCCGUGUGGAAGAGUAAUAAGACCCAAGGUCUACUGUCAUCCUCCAUCGUAGAGUUUAAUCCAGUCUUGUAUGAACAGAUCAAGGACGCUGGACGUGACUGUAAUCCAGAGGACAGAGACACAGAAACAAGUGUAGUUUACACCUGUUCUUCCUAAACUUGUGUUAUACGUGUCCCUACAGACCUGUCAAUGAGACUCAAGCAGCUCUUCAUCAACAUCACAACACAAACCAGUUCAAAAUAUUAGAUAUUUUAUACUAAAAAUCUACACUUUGGCAUCAUGGUGCCUUAUUUUGUGAACACAAUCAAUUUUUUUUGUUAUUUUAUUUUAUUAUAUUGUUGUAUGUGGGUUAAUGUGUGCUGUCUGUAUCAUUUUCUCAUCAGAUGUUGCUCAAGGUUUGUCUGGUUAGUUUCAUCUGUUCACUGCUGGUAGAUGCUGGAACUGCACUGAUCUGCUGCUAAAGAGCAUCUUCCUCCACUGAUGACUGUUUAAAAUACAGCUUUUAUUCUGAUAAACUCAUGCAAGCAACAUUUAAUGGAGGCUCCUAAAAGCAGCUGUCAUUGAGAUGUUAAUACUUUUGGUUAGCUUCAUGAAAAUAUUACUAGAAUAUUUGCUUCAGUUAUACAUCAGAUGUCUGCAGCAGUAACUUAUCAUACAGGAAGUUCAACCACAGCCACAGGAAGAGCUGUGAGGCUUCAGCCAAACACACUUCCCACAAUGCAACUCUUCUUCCAGGGCUGAUGUGAUGCAGAAAGUGUGACUUUAAUGUCCAAGUGUUACAGGUACCAGCUGGCACCACAUCAACAGCGUAUAUGCUCUCUCUGGAAACAGGAGAAAUAAAUGAGACCGUGAAAACUCUGCGUCUGUUUUUCAUCUCGCUCAGCAGAAAGAGCGGGAGAGAGGAUUUAUUAGACAUUCACAUUUUAAAUCCUCCUCUGUUACAAACACUCAAUGUUCACUAUAAA